AUGAGUUCAAAAAGAAUCUCUUCUCAAUCACAAUCUCUUUCUACUCAGAAUAAAAAGACAAAGCUGUCGGAUUCAAAUAACUAUCUUCAAACUACGUUGCGUGAAAGCGGACUUUGCUUAAAACAUCCUCCGGAUAAGUGCGUAGCAACACAGGAAACUGUUCAUAUUAUUCGUAGUAUUAAAAAAAAUCUGGAGAAACACUUGGAAUAUCCAAGAAAUGUAUCGGAUCUAUUCUCUGACUUGGUAAAGGAGUGCAAAGAUUUAGUAGUUUUUAAACACUACUUAUUUCCGAAUAUUGUAAGAUUGUCAGAAGAUAGCGGCGAAGAGUACCCAGUUGCGGACAGUGUAUUUAAAAUACUACUCAGUGUACCAAUUCUUCAAAACAAAUUAAGUGAAUGCAUAUUCGAAAAAGCGAUUGACUUAGCUGCGUCAUUAAAAUGUGGACCAUGGAUACAAAUGAUCCUAAAAUGUUUUUCAUCUCUGGACAGCAUAGUCAAUACAGAUAAAAUGUCUACAAAUCUCAUUAAUCUCUUGGAUGUUGCUGAGGAGAAAAUGGUAAAAUUAGAAAUCAUAACUGCUAUACCUGACAUCAUUGGUGAUCAGGAACAUGACAAUAUUGCUGCUGAAAUGAGUAGAAUUCUUAGUGAAGAUCAUGAUCUAAUACCUGCCAUACUAGAUUGUCUUUCAUAUCUCUGCUUGUCUGAUGACAAAUAUGAACAGUUGCAAAAUAAAUCUUUAUCUCUCUUAAUGAGCCUUUCAAGGUCCAAUUAUUUCCCUAAUUUUGUUAAGUUCUUGCUUUUACCUGGUCGUAUGAGUGAAACUGCAUAUUUAGAAGCUGUCCAAGGUCUCAGAAAUUCUCUAGGCUGGCCGACAACUGGACAACAUCAGGAAAUAGCUACAAGUCAGGUCCUCACUUCUUCAGCAAUAAGAAACUCUAUAGUAUCAUCUAAAGUUAUUGGAAAUUGCUGGUUAAAAGUGCUAUCUUCUUGCAAAGAAAGUUCAGAUCAUAAACCUAUUGAUUUUAUUUUAAUGCUUAUUCUAUAUACAACAUCAGAAGAAAAACAAAGACUUGUAGAGAAUUUACUAAGAAAACAAAUCAAAUUAAAUAUAUUUAAAAACGAAAUGUUAAAUGAAACUUUUAAGAAUUAUAAAUCAAUUUUAAAAGAAUAUUUGAGACAUUUGUUAGAUUUGUCCAAUUCUCUGUUAAAGACAAAAGCAGAUUCAGAUGUUGUAGCCUUUGCUUCGCACAUGUACACUUUAAUGUUUGAAGAGUUAGAAGAAUGUUGCCAGACUAUUGUGGCAGAGUUACUUCAGCUCUGUCUAGACUCUAAGCAAUGUGUUAUGAGCAUAUUACUCAUAUUAAACAAAGUUGCUUUAAAGGACAUGUCACUUUUGAAACCACAAAGUGUCCAAAUGCUAACUCUCCUAGACAGAAUGGAUGACAUGCCCCUUGCUGAAGUCAGGGCUGUUAUGAAUUUAUUAUGUGGCUUAGCCUAUACCUAUGAAAAUUCUGUUAUAAGAGAUGAUAUUCAUAUGAUUAUAAAAAAAGAAUUAGGUUCAUCUAAUCCUGCAAUCAAAGUCCAGGGCAUACUUGGAGCUACUCAUGCUGUCAAGUAUUUAAUGAUUGCCAAUUCAGAUGAUGAUCAAACAAGAGAGUUACCUGAUGAUGUAAGUUAUAGUUCAGUAACACAUCUCUCAGAAGGUGACCUCCGUGAAGCUGCACAAGUUAUAGAACUAAUAAGUCGAAGUACUAGACAAUUUCCCGAUAUGAUUGCAUUCUUCUACGAUGAACUAUCACAAGUAAUAUCAGCUGCUACUGUAAUUAAUAAAAAUUUCCUAUCUUGGUUAACUGACGCUGUAACAAAUGAUUUGCAACAAAACUUUAUUGUUGAUGCAAUUGAAACUGAUAGGAUUGGGGAAAUAAAACUAUCAAUGCAAUAUUGUCUCAAUGCUGACAGUGAGAUGGAUGAAGUAAUAGCCAUAAAUAUUGCUGGAUUAACUUUACAAUCUAUAUCUGAAAUAAAUAUAGCUAUUCUUUCCCCACUUUUUCAACUAGUUCAAACUCUACAUUCUAAGCAGAGUGAAAAUAAUCUGUCAAGUAUAGAUGCACUGCUUGGAUGUCCAGUUGUGAUGCCUAAAUUUGAUAUUGACAUAGUUGAAGAUAUGGAUUCUGCUGAAGUAACUAAAAUACUUGAUUGUAUAAUUCACUGUGUUAAUUGGUUCAGGGAAUUACUAAACGCAUUUGCUUCGCAAGCUGAUGAAGAUUUGAAAAAGAAAACCUUAAAGAGAGUUUUACAAAUUGAACACUUAGAAAGAAUAGUUUUAGAUAUCUUAAUUAAAACCAAGAUAAUGUAUAAGCCACCUAUUUGUACUUUCAAUAUAAGUAAGUAUACAGGAGAGCAAGUGGAACUUAAACCUAUUAAACUUCUUAACAGUAAACAAAAAACAUCUAAGAAGCCUGCUCAGGAUGACACUGUGCUACCUGAAACAAUAAAGUCACAAACAACACAAAACAAUGUAUCCGUUAAAAGUAGUCUCGAAAUAUCUCAUAACAUACCCUUGAGACAGUUAAAUUUAAACUUGCUUCAUUUAAUCAAGAUGGAUAUGACAGAUGAUAAGGAGUCAGAAUCUGAAUUGACUGUUAAAACGUUAAUAUUUUUGUUAAAGAGUGUAAAUAGCAAUAUAGAAAAUAUACUAAUUUCUAAAAUUAAGCGCAAAACAUUUUUGACCAAACAAGAAAAUGUGACCUAUGAUGCAGGAAAAGCUGAAGAAUGUGCUAAAUCAAUUGGUGAAGUCCUACCCAAGGUGAUGGAGCACUUAAAGUGUGUUACUUCAUCCUUGGAAAAGUCAAUAAAUGAAAACAUUAAUGAUAUUGGAAUCUCAAAUUCUUCUGAAGUGAUUGAUAACCUAACUUGUUUAGAAUAUAUUUAUAAUUUGAAUACAAUCUUUCUUAAGUGGAUUGGAUUCAGAAACCAGCAACACAAUGCAUUAUUAAAGAGUUCACUACGGACUAUAGCAAGUCCAAGUACUCCUACCAUAUCAUUGAAAGAUUUGCUGAUAGCAGUAGCUCAAUUCUUACAAAAACAUGAAAAGUAUUGUCUGCAGCUUUCUACUGCAGUAUCUUUGAUGGAAUUCUUAAAAAGUAUUCAAAAUUAUUCAGAUAACAGAAUUAUACUCCAUAUUUUAAGGAAUUUAGCACAAAGCUUUUUAUCUAAACAAUGGAAAACUCCUGAUGGUAAUUUGGAAAAGGGUUUAUAUUUUAAUCAAUGCGUAGAUCGUUUGGCUUCGAUUUAUUUCAUAAACAAUGAGGUGAUAGCACUAAAGAAUUUGACAUUACAAUUGAGCCAGGAAAUAAAAGAUUUGAACACACGCACAAGUACAUUAAAAAAUCUUAAGUGUAUCAACAAAAGCAAUUUCUCCAUAUUAUACAGAAACCUCGGCACCGCAGUCUACGAUGCAACUAAAGCUCGUUUGGACAAAGGAAUGACCAAUUCAGAACACUUAGAAUUAUGGAGAGACGUGGCAACAAUAUUAAAGAACAUGUCUGAUAUAGCUAAAACUCUUGAAACAAGAAAUAACUUGUCAGUUUUCUUCAAAAAAUCCUUGCCAGUACUAAAACUUUUCCAAUCGCAAGGAAUCCCCAUACUAGAGAUCCAGUUGAAGAAUGACACGCAGGAAGUGUUAGAGAUUUUAAAAAUUCUACAGCAAUCUACUAGGUUCUUACAGACAUUAUGUUGUCACUCAAGAUUGAAAAAAGAUACUGUAUUGAUGAGCAAAGUUCCACACAUGAGACAACUACUCGAAACUUUAAUAUACAAAGUAAAAGCUGCUUUAGCUGCAAAUAAAUGUUCUGAAGCAUUCUGGAUGGGCAAUCUUAAGAACAAAGACAUACAUGGGGAAGUAAUUGCAUCCCAGCAAAGUGUUGAAGAUGAAGAGUUUGGCGAGGACUGUGAUGAACAGUUGCCAGAAGACGACAACACAGAUGAAAGUGAUGAUGAAAUGAUUAAUCCCGAGUCCAGAAGUAUCAGUGAUAUUGUUUAA